AUGGUUGGCGGACAGGCCGCCAACGAAGCCUUCAAGGAGGAGGUACUUGUGAGGUGCAGAGCUAACUAUUACAGUCAGAGCAAAGACCCUUAUACCCAAGCUGAACCUGAACUAAACGAAGAACCUGAUUCGGCCACAUAUUGUUCGGAUGACAGUGAAUCAUACAAGAGUGACUCAGACGAUACCGAUCCUGACGAAACGUUGGUUGAUGAAUCUGAAUCGGACGACUCAUCUAAAUAUGACGGCAUAGCUAACCUGGCCGAGUUAUUUUACUUGUUUCCGGAAUUAUUUAAGCGCCGGGCUAAGAAGCGCUCUUGGCAGUGCAUGGAGAUGAAGGAGGAAGAAGAGGAGGAGACUGAGGAGGAAUGUGAGGAUUCCGAAACAGAGUGUAAAGAGGGAGCUGAACCAAAGGGCGAUCGUUUUGUGAAGAGAAGACGAUCUCCCUCACCAAAGGACGAUUGUUCUUUGAAGAGAAGACGACCUUCCUCACCAAAGGACGAUUGUUCUUUGAAGAGAAGACGAUCUUCCUCACCAAAGGACGAUUGUUCUUUGAAGAGAAGACGACCUUCCUCACCAAAGGACGAUUGUUCUUUGAAGAGAAGACGAUCUUCCUCACCAAAGGACGAUUGUUCUUUGAAGAGUAGACGAUCUUCCUCACCAAAGGACGAUUGUUCUUUGAAGAGAAGACGAUCUUCCUCACCAAAGGACGAUUGUUCUUUGAAGAGAAGACGAUCUUCCUCACCAAAGGACGAAUCUUCUUGA